AUGGGCAGGGCCAAGCGCAAACAUGAUGAGGACAAUUCCGAAGCAGUUGCAGGAGACCGUGUUGUCGCCUUACGGCUAGUUAAUGACACAACAACCCAGUAUGCGUACAUAAUAGAACGCUUCAAGCGAUGGCUGCCCAGCGAACAUCCAGAGUUCGUUGUCAAUUCCGUCAUCCAAUUGCCUCUGUCGACAAAAGUCUGUCAGACUUACUUGGACUUCGCAUCUGUCAAGCGCGACGCCACAGGAAAGGAGCUGGUGGCCAAGUGUUUCAACUCGUUUUCGACCAUUGGAACUUGUAAAAGUGCAAUAAAGUACCUUUACAAGGAAGCGAACAUCCAAAUGCACGACGAACUGGAAGCUAGACUCAAAGAUUUUGCAAACGGAUACAAGCGUCACAUUGCCCAGCUUAGAGAAGACGGCGAAAUGCCAAUCGGGGAGGGCAAAUUGCCCAUGACGGUAGAUGGUAUCUAUAUUUUGCAUGAAUAA